AUGGUCUCGCUGGAUUCAGAUCCCACUGUGCUCUGCGGCCCUCUGGCCAAGCAGAAGAUUUGUACGGAAGCCCCAACUCCUGGUGCCCUCCAGCAGCACCUCUUCUACGGCGAAUACGACCCCUUCAAGUACGCACCCAUCUUCGAGAGCGAUUUCAUACAGGUGACAAAGAAGGGGGAGGUGCUGAGCAUUCAUAACCAGGUGACUGUGGUGACAAUGGGGGUGACAUCCACAAGCCCAAACUUCUCCCUCCCCAACGUCAUGCUGCUUGCCCGCCCAUUGGACUCCUUCUCGGAGAUUACGUGUAGCUGCAAGGUGUCGACUGACCGAUGUCCCAUGGAGCUCACCAGGCUCUUCCCCCUGAGCUUUGUCAACAUCUCCAUCCACGACGUCUACAACCGGCGGCUGAGGUUGAAGCUGGCCAAUGGCCGGGCCUUCUACCUCCAGCUCUACAUCCACCCAGAGUGCGAGAACGAGGUGUUUGAGCGCUGGAUGAAGCUGGUGAACUUGCUCCGCACUAGCCCUGAGGAGGUGUACGGAUACGAUGCCGUGACGCCCGAGAUCGAGUGCAUCCUGGAGCAGGCCAGCGCAGAGACCUCGGCUACUGAGCUCUCCGAGUGGCAACUGGAACCCCCUGAGAUGUCGCCGUUGGUCAUUGCUUUGACCACUCCUCGGUCCACCUCCCCCUCCUCUUCCCGUCGCUCCGUCCACUAG